AUGACGUUCCCGGACUCUUCAAAUCCCCCUUUCCUGCUGCUGCUGGCAACGGCAGUCGCAACUCUCGCCGCUAUUGCUAUCCAUCACUUCUACUGCCGCCAGCCGUGGAUUCAGCGCACCAAGAACAUGCCCGAAACCAUAACCAAGCCCGUCUCUGACCUCUGUCAUGCCUCACGUUCGGUGAGCACCCUCCUUGCCGAAGACCCGGCUCUGGCCCCUGGAGAAGCUGCCUCGCAACUCUACUCAACCCAUCCAGUGAGCGUCCUGGACACUAGCCCGCCAAAGCAUCGUCGCGUUGCUACCCCGGAGGAACUCGGCCAUGCCCUUAGCUGCGGCAAUUUUGGAGACGUAAGACCCAGCGAACUGUUCUUACGAAUUUGGCACGAUGCUCUCUGUACCCUCGAUCAUGACCCGCUUGCCGGCGUCGUGAGUCCGCCUCUGAUGGGCAGCUCCGGCAUAUUGCCGCUUACCGUCAUCAGCGCCCUGCCUGACAUCUGCCGCCACAUGUCGAACCUCAUCGCCAGGGCUGAGCACGAGGUCAUCCUGGCAACCAAUUAUUGGAAGGAGUCCAAUGCCAGCCGCCUCAUCACUGACUCGCUGAAAGAGCUCUCCAAGAGGGCUGGAAGGCGGAAGCGAAGGGCUGUAGUCAAGAUCAUCUAUGAUCGUGGGAGCGCGAAGCAGGUCUUUGACAAUCACCUCGACGUCAGCGAGUCUGAGCGUACAGCCCCGGGUGUCGGCUUACCUUCUGCUGAUGAAAUUCCUAACAUCGACAUCGAAGUCAUCAACUACCACCGCCCGGUGCUCGGCACCUUUCACGCGAAAUUCAUGGUAGUGGACAGAAAGAUUGGCAUCGUCUGCAGCAACAACAUCCAAGACAACGACAAUCUUGAGAUGAUGACGCAUCUGGAGGGCCCAAUCGUGGAUUCUCUUUACGAUAUGGCCUUGCUUACAUGGCACGAUGCCUUGAAGCCUCCGCUACCUCUUCUCACUAUCAGCGAGGCUCAAAGCGAAGCAAGAGGCACUUUUGACUCGUCUUUUCUAGACAUAGCCAGCCAGACUCCAGCCAAUCGUACUAAUCUCAUUACUCGCGCCAGAGACAGCGGUGUACAGUUACCAGAGAAUGAACCGGGCGAUCCUCAUUACGACGAAGACAUGGCUUCGGAGCUUCUCCGAAUGCAGGCCAUCCUGACACCAACAAAUGGAGAAAGCGUCAUGAGUCUCGUCACGAAGCAUCUGAAUGAGGCGACUCAGCAGAAGCUCCAAGGAACAGCGCCCGAAUGCGCGCCCGAAGACACUAUGACACCUUACAUCCCGCACGCCCGCCAUGAGCCUUUUCCCAUCGCCCUCGUGAACCGUAAGCCCUGGGGCGCCCUGAACCACUCUUCCGUCUACACGCCGCAGAAUGAGGCCUGGCUAUCCGCCAUUCGCAAUGCAGAAUCAACUGUAUUCAUCCAAUCGCCUGACAUCAAUGCGGAGCCUCUCAUCCCGGCGCUUCUGGACGCCGUCAGGCGGGGGGUAGAAGUCACCAUGUACGCGUGUCUCGGCUACAAUGACCUCGGCGAGCUACUGCCGUUCCAAGGGGGCACGAACGAGAUGAUAUCCCACAAGAUGUACACGGAACUCGAUCCAGAUCAGCGGAAGCGCCUCCACAUACACUGGUAUGUCGGGAAGGACCAGACGAAGCCACUGCACAACAAGUUCAAGCAGCGAAGCUGCCACAUAAAACUAAUGAUAGUCGACGAGCAUAUCGGCAUCCAGGGGAGCGGCAACCAGGACACGCAGUCAUGGUACCACUCCCAGGAGGUGAACAUACUGCUCGACUCUCCCGAGAUAUGUGCGGACUGGGUAGCAGGUCUUCGGAGAAACCAGAACACUCACCUCUACGGCGCCGUGUCGCAGGAAGACGGCAUAUGGAGAGACGACGAUGGAAACGAAGCAAAAGGCGCUAUUGGAAUAAAUCCGGGUCACAUGUCUUGGGCAAAGGGGGUUGUGGGGGCAGUGAAGCGCGUGAAGGGGGAUGGUGGCUUCUGA